AUGGAUUUUUUCUGGUUUUUGCUAACAAUAUCAUCAAUUGGCAUUAUCACAGCGCCAAUAUGUGCACUAAAUUUUAACGGUACAGUCACGGUGCCGCUUAGGAGAAAAGACGUAAACAUUGGCGAUACUACAAUAACUUUAAAUAAUUACCGCAAUGUCAUCUUUUAUGGUGAUAUUGGAGUGGGAACUCCACCCCAGAAAUUCAAGGUGGUCUUCGAUACUGGAAGUUCCGAUCUAUGGGUUCCUUCUAAAUCGUGGCCUCGAUGUAAAUUUGAACACCCAAAAUUUAACGCUGCAGCAUCUACGACGUACUUGGGGAGCGGUAAUUUCAGUUAG